UUCGCCUCACAAUCAGUGCAAGACGCCAAGACCCUGUGCACAAAAUAAGAAGUAAGAACGUCAGUUCUCUUGAUUCCUCUGGUUCCGUUUCGCUGGUGGAGUGAACAGUUCGUUCCUCUGGUUUUCUCAAUAUCUCCUGCUAAACGUCUGGUUUAAAUUUUUCCAUACCGUGGCUGUUAGUCUGUGACGGUCGAGUAUCCUACUUUGUAACUUGUAGCACUGUAGCAGUAUUCAUAUCUCUCAUCUUGAUUAUGGCGUGUCAAUCCAAAAUCGUUGUGCGGGAACACUCAGUUCACCAGCAAGUGAAAUUUACGCUCCAGUGGACUGUGGAAGGCAUUCUUCUGCAUCGUUAUGAUACGGCCAUGAUGCUUAACGCCGGAGUUACUAUGGCUGAACUGGGAAUGACCGACUGGGUAGGCCGCUGGCGUACUGGACUGCAAGUCUGUCGUGUGGAUCCGGAACAUCCAGGAGUCGAUGGUUACAGUUUGGCAGCCUAUCUGUUCUUGACUGACAUGGACCUGGAGUCCAGGUCCUACACGGGGCCACACACGAUUCGUGCGGGAUGUCAGAUAAGUGUGGCCACCGGAAAGACAAUGCGGCAGAUUGUUUCGCCCACUGAUUGGCUCUCGACUCGUCUCUCAAAUACUGCGACAUCACACGGGCGGCACAAAGUCAUCAGUCAUCGGGAUCUGUUUGACAAGCUAGAGGACGACAGUAUCACCGUCACCCUGGACGUUAGCGUGGAGACCACAGUCGAUUCGUUUCGCGUACGCAGCAGACCACUUAAUCAUGAGCUCUACCGGCAGCAGUUCUGUCAGCGUUUAACCGAUCUGCUUCACGGGCACCCUGAGCAGCAUCCCGCAGAUUUUGUCAUUCGUUCCCGGGACGGGCAAAACUUCUCUGUGCACCGUUUUCUGCUGAUGGCGCACUCGCCGGUCUUCGCCGCCAUGCUGACGCACGAUUCCUAGGAAAAGCAGGAGGCGUUGUGUGAAGU